UUUAUUUAUAGAAUGAAAUAUCCAAUAGCAGCAUUUUUUCUUAUUGUAACAGAAUUUUGUGAACGAUUCACCUACUAUGGUAUACGAACAAUCCUUCCAAUAUAUUUAACGACAAAAUUAGCAUUCGAUAGUAAUGUGGCGACAACAAUUUUCCACUCGUUUUGUAUGGUUGUAUAUUUUUUCCCAAUCAUUGGUGCUAUGAUAUCAGACAGUUGGUUUGGAAAAUAUAAAACUAUUUUUUAUUUUUUGAUUGUUUACUUAAUUGGAAGUUCUAUACUAUUUGGAAGUUCAUUAAUAGUAUUUCAAUAUGAAUGGAGUCGGGUUGCAACUGUUAUUGGAUUAGUAUUAAUUGCAAUGGGAACUGGAACAAUGAAACCAUGUUAUAUCGCUUUGGCUGGUGAUCAAUUUACUGCACAACAAAGUGUAGAACGUGCACAAUUUUAUUCAUAUUUAUAUUUAAGCGUGACCGCUGGUAGCUUAUUAUCGAAAUUCAUAACACCCAUUCUACGAAAAGAUGCAUCAUGUUUUCAUGAAUUGGAUUGUUAUCCCUUAGCGUUUGGCACAACCGGGAUUUUAUUAAUAUUUGCAUUUGUGAUAUUUUUAAGUGGAAGUAGUCGAUAUGUCAAGAAACAACCAAAUAAAAAGAAGCCAGUGAUAUUUGAAUUCAUAAAAUGUGUUAAGCAUGCCUCAAUACAAAAAAAGUUGCAUAGCAGUACAGUAGCAAAAGAUCACUGGCUAGAUUAUGCUGAUGAUAAAUACGAUAAAGAAUUUAUCAAUAGUGUUAAAAUGGUGAUACGAAUAUUUGUUUUAUAUAUCCCAUUGCCAGUAUUUGCUGCGUUACACGACCAACAAGGAUCUCGAUGGACGUUUCAAGCAACACAAAUGAAUGGUGAUUUAGGUUUUAUCGAAUUAAAACCUGAUCAAAUGCAAGUGGUUACACCAAUAUUAGUAUUUAUAUUAGUUCCAAUAUUUAAUAAAAUUAUUUAUCCAAUGUGUGCGAAAAUUAAUUUAUUAAAACGUCCAUUAUCGAAAAUGUUGAUUGGUGGUAUUUUAGCUGCGUUUGCAUUUAUUAUAUCUGGAUGGGUACAGUUGGCAUUAGAGAAAAAUUACGUACCACCUAAUGCAAAUUCUCCAGAAUUAAAAAUUUACAAUGGCUAUAGUUGUCCGUUAAACAUUCAUUUGGAAAAUUAUAACCAGAGUGAAAUUGAAAUUAAUCCAUACGAUAUGUAUGUUUUUAAAGAUUUUGAAAAAUUACAACCUAUUGUUAACUAUCAAAUUGAAGAAUCCGCAUGUAAUGAGGAAACUAAUGGAACUUUUAAGCUGAAAGAAGGGAUAUCAUAUUUUUGGCGACAAAAUUUCAUAUUGAAUACAUCAGAAAUGAUUGAAUUCCGGAAUACACUUAUGUCUAUGAAACAUUAUUCAAAAAUCAAUGCUUUAAUAAAUGCUGAUAAUGGUAAUCAUUCAAUACAAAUCUAUGAAGGAUUAGAUUUAAAGAUUGUUAUUGAUUUGGAAAAUAUAAUUUUUGAAACUUUUUUAAAACCAAAUACUUAUGAUUUGGUAAUAGACGGAGAGCGUAUAAGAAAGUUUGAUUUAAAGUCUGAUGAAGAAUAUGUGAUAAUUAUUAAUUUUAUUGAUGCUACUGAGAAAUAUGACAUUAAACUACUCAAUAUAUCUAAACCGAAUAAGAAAAUGCAUAUUUUAUGGUUAUUACCACAAUUUUUGGUAAUGGCCAUAUCUGAAGUAAUGUUUGCAAUUACUGGCUAUGAUUUUUCAUAUUCACAAGCACCAGAAAAUAUGAAAUCCGUUGUGCAAGCUGGAUGGUUAUUGAAAAGUUCUUUUGGUAACUUAAUUGUAGUUUUCAUCGCUGGCAUUCGACUUUCAAAUGUACAGUCUAACGAAUUCUUUAUAUUUGCAAGUUUAAUGUUGUUGUCAAUGAUAUUGUUCUAUUUUCUAAUCAGAAAUUAUACAUACGUCGAACAAGGCAAAACGAAUCAUGACGAUGUUACUGUUCAAGAAACUUUAUUACCCCAGAUCGAUCCUGGAAAAAAUAAGAAGCCUGUAAUUUUAUAAAUUCUUGUACCUAAAUAAAUUUUUAUUUUUUUAUUUAU